UGAAAUGAGAAAGGCAGCGCUGAUUAGUAACGUUAGCGGAAAACCAGAAAGCAGGAGUUUCGUCGAACGAAGGAAAGGAGCUCGUUAUGCUGCAAUAAGCAGUGCAGAGAAAUAGUCGUGAUUUCUUACGCUGAGUCAAAAUGGUUCGGUGUCAUGAGGCUUUUAUCUCAAGGAAGUUCGUGCGAAGGACAAUUUGAGAGAGAGAGAAAAUCUCCUACGCUGGAAUAUUGUAGCGUUACAGUGGCCGGUGUGGGAGCUCGUCUUGGGCGCAGGCUGCAAACUAAAGCGAACUAACUCAAGCUGGAGUCUGUUUUCAGCCCGAGAAGGUGUGAUGUCUUGACGCAGUCUCCGGAGCUUUUGAAGGAUGUGCAGUGAGUUCUGAUGGGAACUGCGGUUCCAAUAUGAGUGUUCAUGAUGUUGGAGGAAGACGACGCUUCGAGGACACCGAGUUCACCCUGCGCAUCUACCCUGGGGUCAUCGCAGAGGGCACCAUCUACUGCCCGGUCGCCGCCCGCAAGAACACCUCAGCUGCCGAGGUCAUCGAGCAGGUCAUUGACCGGCUGCAGCUGGACAGAACAAAAUGCUACGUCUUGGCAGAGGUGAAGGAGUUUGGGGGAGAGGAAUGGAUCCUCAACCCCACCGAUUGCCCCGUGCAACGAAUGAUGCUGUGGCCGCGCAUGGCCCUGGAGAAUCGCUUCAGCGGCGAGGAUUACCGCUUCCUGCUGCGCGAGAAGAACCUGGACGGCUCCAUCCACUACGGCAACCUGCAGAUGUGGCUGCGCGUGACGGAGGAGCGGCGUCGCAUGGUGGAGCGCGGCCUUCUGCCACAGCCACUGCAGAAGGACUAUGACGACCUGUGCAACCUGCCCGACCUCAACGAGAAGACGUUGCUGGACAACCUCCGUAGUCGCUUCAAGCAGGAGAAGAUCUAUACAUAUGUGGGGAGCAUCCUCAUAGUCAUCAACCCCUUCAAGUUCUUGCCCAUCUACAACCCUAAAUAUGUCAAGAUGUACGAUAACCACCAGCUGGGGAAGCUGGAGCCCCAUAUAUAUGCGGUUGCGGAUGUAGCCUAUCAUACGAUGCUGCAACGAAAGCAGAACCAGUGUAUAGUUAUCUCUGGGGAGAGCGGCUCGGGUAAGACCCAGAGCACUAACUUCUUGAUCCAUCACCUCACGGCACUCAGUCAAAAAGGCUUCGCUAGUGGAGUGGAACAGAUCAUUCUUGGAGCUGGACCAGUGUUAGAGGCCUUUGGAAACGCAAAGACCGCACACAAUAACAACUCGAGCCGCUUCGGCAAGUUCAUCCAAGUGAAUUACCAGGAGAGCGGCACUGUUAGAGGCGCAUAUGUGGAGAAGUACCUGCUAGAAAAGUCCAGGCUUGUCUAUCAGGAGCACAAUGAAAGGAACUACCAUGUGUUUUACUACCUGCUGGCAGGCGCAAGUGAGGAGGAGAGGACGGCGUUCCACCUCCGAAAACCUGAAGAAUACCAUUACCUCAGUCAGAUGAGAAAGAAACCUCAGAGACUGCACUGGGAAAAUUUCUAUGAGAGCGAACCGCAGGACUGUUUCACAGUGGAAGGGGAGGAUCUGAAGCACGACUUUGAGAGGCUACAGCUGGCUAUGGAGAUGGUGGGGUUCCUACCCGCUACACGCAAACAAAUCUUUUCUCUGUUGUCAGCCAUCCUUCACUUGGGAAAUAUCCGAUAUAAGAAAAAGACGUACCGGGAUGACUCCAUCGAUAUCUGCAACCUUGAUGUUCUGCCCAUCGUCUCAGAGCUGCUGGAGGUGAAAGAAGAGAUGCUGUUUGAAGCCCUGACAACAAGGAAGACAGUUACUGUAGGAGAGAGGCUGAUCGUGCCCUACAAACUGGCUGAGGCUGGGACUGUGCGUGACUCCAUGGCUAAAUCGCUGUACAGCGCUCUGUUUGACUGGAUCGUGUUCAGAAUCAAUCAUGCACUGCUCAACAACAGAGACCUGGAGGAGUCAGCCAAGAUGUUGUCCAUUGGGGUCCUCGACAUCUUUGGCUUUGAAGACUAUGAGAACAACAGCUUCGAGCAGUUCUGCAUCAACUUUGCCAAUGAGAGACUUCAGCAUUACUUUAACCAGCACAUCUUUAAGCUGGAGCAGGAAGAGUACAGGGCAGAGGGCAUCACCUGGCAUAACAUAGAUUACAUCGACAACACAGGCUGCAUAAACCUCAUCAGCAAGAAACCCACAGCACUGCUCCACCUACUGGACGAAGAGUGCAAUUUCCCUCAGGCCACUAACCAGACAUUACUGGACAAAUUCAAACGGCAACAUGAGGGUAACAGUUACAUUGAGUUUCCUACAGUCAUGGAGCCAGCUUUCAUCAUCAGACAUUAUGCCGGGAAGGUCAAGUACGGCGUGAAGGACUUCAGGGAGAAAAAUACGGACCACAUGCGGCCAGACAUCGUAGCUCUCCUGAAGAGCAGCAAGAAUGCCUUCAUCUGCGGCCUGAUCGGCAUCGACCCGGUGGCCACUUUCCGCUGGGCUGUCUUGCGGGCAUAUUUCAGAGCUGUGGUGGCUUUUAGGGAGGCAGGGAGGAGACGUGUGGAGAAGAAGAGUGGGCAUGAUGAUGCUGCUCCAUGUGCAGUUUUGAAAAGUGUGGAUAGUUUUAGCUUUCUGCAUCACCCUGUGCAUCAGAGAAGCUUAGAGAUCCUGCAGAGGUGCAAAGAGGAGAAGUACACACAGCCUGCAUGCUCAUCCAGCAGUCCCCCGCUAACCCCCACUUGGAACCUGCACUCUGUCCACUCUCAGCCAAGCAGUCCAGCUCCAGUGCAGGGUAUGAGCAGAAGGAGCCCUCGCACGCCGCUCUCUGACCUGCAGGGCACCAACAAUGAGCGGUCUCCUGGAGAGAGCCGGAAUGGCCGUGUUGGAAGGCAGAGCAGACUGUCCUCUGCUGGCUCUGUCACCGAGGAGGAUGGGAUCUUCAUCAACUCCACCAGCAGCAAGCUCCUGGAGAGAGCACACGGCAUCCUGAUGAGGAACAAAAACUACAAAAUGAGACCCAGUCUUCCAAAGCACUUGCUGGAUGUGAAGUCUCUGAAGUACCUUAGUAACCUGACCCUGCAUGAUCGCAUCACCAAAUCGCUGCUGCACCUCCACAAGAAGAAGAAACCUCCAAGUAUUAGUGCCCAGUUUCAGGCAUCUCUUAAUAAGCUAAUGGAGACUCUUGGUCAGUCCGAGCCCUACUUCGUGAAAUGCAUCCGAUCAAAUGCAGAGAAGCUGCCCUUGCGGUUUAAUGACAGUCUGGUGCUGAGGCAGCUUCGCUACACAGGCAUGUUGGAGACGGUUCACAUUCGACAGUCAGGCUACAGCGUCAAAUACACUUUUCAGGAGUUUGUUCGUCACUUUCACGUGAUGCUUCCUGAGGAUCUAGAACCCACACAGGAGAGCAUCAGAAGCUACCUCUGCCAGGUGGACCUUCCACCUGAUGGCUUCCAAGUUGGCUCCUCUAUGGUAUUCCUCCGUGAGGUGGACCGCCAGCAGCUGCAGGACCUUCUCCAUCAGGAAGUUUUGAGGAGAAUUGUGAAUCUCCAGUGCCGCUUCCGAGCUUUGCAGGAGAGAACCAGUUUCCUCAUGAUGAGACAGGCUGCCUGCAUCAUACAGCGCUUCUGGCGGAGCAGCCAGGCCAAACAGAGGAAUGAGCAGCUGGAGCGUGAUCGUAACCUCCAGCAGGGAGCAGCAGUGUGUAUCCAGUCAGCCUGGAGAGGCUUCAGAGACCGUCAUAGAUUUUUGCUAUGGAGAAAAGCAGUCCUGGUCAUCCAGAGGAACUGGAGAGUAUGUCGUUAUCGACGGGAUCGAGCUGCACUCAUGAUCCAGGCUGCCUGGAAAAGCCAUAAGGCCAGGAAGCACUACCUCCAGCAACAGCACAUGGUCAUUGUACUCCAGGCAGCAUGGAGAGGCUAUUUGGCCAGGCAGAGGUUCAGAGAACUGAGAGAGCAGAAGCUGAAGGAUACUCAGUUGCUAAAUGGACAGAUAAGCCUGACUCCAGAAGAAGAGAACCCAAGGAUCAUGGGCCUGGACUUGAGCACAUGGGAGGACCGCUCCUGUAAUGAGCGGGAGAGGAGCCUGCAGCGCCUAAGUGAGACAGAGGCCUCUCAGGAGGAGCCACACAUUGAGGCCUUGCAGGAGGUACAGCAGAAGGACAAAGAUGUGCAAGAGGAAGAAGAAGCUGCAGGACGAUCAGUUGCUCAGGUAGUGGUCAGAGAGAGAGCGCGGACGCUGGACGAUUCCAACCAGAAGAAGCGGGCCAAGCGGGAGAGCCGGCGGAUGCGGGAGCUGGAGCAGGCGAAGUUUAGCCUAGAGCUGCUUAAGGUACGUUCUGCACAAGAGUUUGAUGAGAGACGCUGGUCAAUUGAUCUGCCCAGUGAAGGUGUCCAGUCUCCUCAGGGCACCCCAGACAGCCAGAGCUCCAAAGGCAGCUUUGAGCUGCUUAGCAUGGAUGACUAUCCCAAAGACAGGGCACCAUAUGCUGAAGCUGAAGACCUUGGCUCUCCUUCUUCAGCACCAGAGGAAUUUGAAACAUUCUGUAGCAUCCCCAGAUCUGUUCUUCUUCUGGAUUCUCUUGCACCUGAAAGCCCUAAAAAAGAGCCAGCCUUGAAGCCUGUACUUCCAAAACUGGAGAACUCUCUCCCAACCUUCUACAUCCCUCCAGUAGAUGGCAGCUCUACAGUCACAAAGCCUAGCAUGGAUAUAGCAUCCUCCACCACACAGCCUGAGAGUCUUGCAAAGUCUUUGAAGGACAGAAGAGAGUCUUCCCGCAGACCCAUGGUGGUGGUUAUCAGCAUGCAGAAAGAAACAUCACUAACUGAAGGAGGCAUAAAGACCCCAGAAGUCAGAGACAGUGCUGCCCAGACCAGCGAGCCACCCAGCCCAGCUCAGGUUGACAGCAGCGGCAGCCUGUCCGUGCUGGAGAGGCUGGAGAAGCUGAAUGAGGAGAAGCAGGAGAGGCGGAAGCAGCAGCAACAACAGAACGAGAAGGAGAUGAUGGAGCAGAUCCGUCAGCAAAAGGAAGUCCUGGAGAAGCAGCGCAAGUACUUUGCCCAGUAUGAGCGAGAGAUGUUUGAGAAGCAAAGGGGCGAGGCCCUGCAGAGGAUAGAGCAAAGCCGGCUGGAAGGCCCUGGAGGAACAAAGCCUAGGUCCAGCUCCGACAUUAUGGACAGAGGACCUGCUCCCAUUGCCCAGCCUGAGCCAGAUCUCCUCACAGGCUCUCCAAAGGCUCAAAACAAACAGGCUGUUCUAUCCACAGUGAGGGAAAGGCCAAAAGACAAGCGCACCAUGCCAGAUGGAUGGGCCCCCAAACUAACCUUGGAGUCUCGAGAUGUUGCAGCUAGAGGGAGCCCACAUAAGAAGCCCCCUACGCCAAGCAUCAACAUGAAUAUGGCAGAGAGGCCUGGGAAUAUAUUCUUCUCGCCUAAAGACAAGCCUUCCUUCUCAAAUUUUGAAAAGGAAUUCAUCGGACAAAAGAAGUCACCAGAAGUUCACAAAGAGGCCAUCCCCUCAGAUUUCAAAUCCAUGAAAGCACCGAAAAGUCGUGAGGUUGGCAGACCAGGCCAUAAAAAAGCCCGCAUGGCGCGGACGCGUUCUGACUUCCUGACCCGUGGUUCAAAUGCCCCAGGGGAGGGGGAGUCAGAGGAGGAAGAGUAUGAUGAGACCCCUCUGUCUCUUGGCCCACCCCUCCCCAAGCAGGACUCAGAGGGGGGGACACUAGAGGCUUGUCACAGUGACUCUGAAAUGCCCUCGACACCCACUGAGGAGCAAAAGAGGAUGCACAAAACUAUGUCCUCUGGUGACCUUGGCAAGAGUGAAACCUUGAGAAAGAAUUCUCAGGGAGAUGGAAGGGUUCGAGGUAAGAUGCGCUUCUGGACAAAGACAAAGCAGGCAGAAAAGAAGUCCUCCAGGGAGAGGCUAGUGUGUGGCAGUGACACUAUUGACGGAGACUAUGCUGACACAGCACUCCUGAUGGGUGAAGGAGAAUGCCUGUCCCCACCGCACAGCCCUGACUUCAGCAGCCAGAGGGAUUUUAAAGAGAACAAGGAGCCGUCACCCAAAGUGAAACGCCGCCGCAGCGUGAAGAUCAGCAGUGUGGCUCUAGAACCCGCCCAGUGGCAGAAUGAUGCACUACAAAUCCUCACGUGUGCCAAUGACUACAAGAGCAUGAAUGAGUUCCUUAUGAAGAAGAUCAGUGAUUUGGAUACAGAGGACAGUAAGAAAGACACAAUGGUGGAUGUCGUCUUUAAAAAGGCGCUCAAAGAAUUCCGCAUCAACAUUUUCAACUCCUACUCCACAGCUUUGGCCAUGGAUGACGGAAAGAGUAUCCGCUAUAAGGAUCUGUACGCGCUGUUCGAGCAGAUCUUGGAGAAGACCAUGCGCCAGGAGCAGAGAGACUGGAGCGAGUCCCCUGUUAAAGUGUGGGUGAACACCUUUAAAGUGUUCCUGGAUGAAUUUAUGACCGAGUACAAGCCACUGGACAGCAAUGUGAGCAAAGCCUCUAAACCAGACCGCAAGAAGAGGAGGAAAAAGGACUCGGACAUUGUGGAGGAACAUAACGGCCAUGUUUUCAAGUCCACUCAGUACAGCAUUCCCACAUACUGCGAGUACUGCUCCUCCCUCAUCUGGAUGAUGGACAAAGCGUGCGUCUGCAAACUAUGCCGGUACGCCUGCCACAGAAAGUGCUGUCUGAAGAUGACCACCAAAUGCAGCAAGAAGUACGAUCCUGAACUGUCAUCGAGGCAGUUUGGUGUGGAAGUGUCCCGUUUGACCAACGACGAGCGCUCAGUACCUUUGGUCGUGGAGAAACUGAUCAACUACAUCGAGAUGCAUGGUCUCUACACAGAGGGCAUCUACAGGAAGUCUGGCUCCACCAGCAAGGUCAAAGAACUGAAGCAGGCUCUGGAUACAGAUGUGAACAGUGUGAAUCUAGAUGAGUACAACAUCCACGUCAUUGCCAGUGUUUUCAAGCAGUGGUUGCGUGAUUUGCCCAAUCCCCUUAUGACCUUCGAACUGUAUGAGGAAUUCCUGAGAGUCAUGGGCCUUCCAGACAAAAAGGAGGUUGUACGAGGGGUCUAUUCUGUGGUAGAUCAGCUUAGUAGAACUCAUCUGUACACACUGGAAAGACUCAUCUUCCACCUGGUCAGAAUUGCCCUGCAAGAAGAAACCAACCGUAUGUCUGCUAACGCUCUGGCUAUCGUCUUUGCCCCCUGUGUCCUCCGUUGCCCAGACACUAUCGACCCACUGCAGAGCGUACAAGACAUUGGCAAAACCACAGCAUGUAUAGAACUGAUCAUUUGUGAACAAAUGAACAAGUAUAAAGCCAGGCUGAAGGAUAUUAACAGUCUGGAGUUUGCUGAGAAUAAAGCCAAGAGCCGACUGACGCUCAUUCGCAGGUCUAUGUCAAACGCAGCCAGAAAGGGUAAGGGGAGAGUACGCAGAGUGAGCUAUCAUACACCGUCUCCUCCGGUCAGCCCUCGCUCUCCCUGUGCCCCUGAAGCCUUGGAGGAGAGUGGAGAUGAGGAAGCAGGUAGAGACUCUGAAGUGUCGGAGCAGCAGCAGGCCGCCAUGCAGCAGGAAGAGAGGGUUCUGACCGAACAGAUUGAGACCCUGCAAAAAGAGAAGGAGGAGCUGACAUUUGAGAUGCUGUCCCUGGAGCCACGAGCGUCAGAUGAUGAGACUCUGGAGUCAGAGGCGUCUAUAGGGACAGCAGACAGCUCCGAGAACCUGAAUGUUGACUCUGAAGGAGCCACUUCUGACUUCUCUGAGAGAGGCCCAGCACUGACUGCCACCCGACCUAAGAAGUCCGAGGGCAAGAGCAGAAGGACUUUGCGGAGGCAGCCUGACUCGCUGGACUCUGUGGACUCCGGCUCCACAGCUUCAUCCGUCUCUUUGUCUCACCUGCACCCAGGCGCCUCAUCCCACCGCUUCCGACUGCGCUCCAAAUCACCCUCGCCAGGCCUGUUUCGCUCCGUACCACCCAACGAUGGGCCAGAUGCAGCCGAUUUGCAGGAUGGUGAAGAGAGGCCACGCUUCACCAGCCGGGGCACCUUUAACCCGGAGAAGGGCAAGCAGAAACUGCGUGGGGCCAAGUAUUCACCCCUGAGGCACCGCGAGCCUCCAGAGGAUGGUGGCCACCACAAAAGAGAACCAGACCUACAGCCACAGCAGCUAGUGUUGUAUGGCACCAACGAGUUCAUGGUAUGAAAGCCAUGGUGGCAACUCCUUCCCAAGAGCUAAUCUUUUUCCUUGCUAGCUCGCUCAUCGGCACCCCCUGUCCAUGUCUACAAGCCAGCUGAACAGUCCCUAAGUGCCAUGUCCACAGAGAGGCAGGAGGAAGGGGUCGGAAAAGCUAUGCUGGAAAUAAAGUGCCAUGCCCUUUGCUCACGGGCUGUAGUCUGUGAUGUUAAUACAGAUGUAAAGUUGCAGAUUAAAGGGCAGUGCCGCCAGAAGCUGGGUGGAGCCCGUAGGCAGGGUAAAGGGAAUAAGAAAAUGCAGCAGGAUGUACUCUGCUACAGCCGGCUGUCCUCAGCAGAUGCACCUGAGUUGCUGUUGCUGAAACAGGAGACAAAGCCAUUGAUAGUGCAGACUCCACAAACUCAAGCGAAACCAUUGGCUGCUUUUAAAGUUUACAGUUUAUAACCGUGUAAGCAGCGUGCUCUAUAAUUACAUGUAUGUAUUUUUUUUGCUCCCAAGCCUAUUUAAAAACUUUUAAUUACAUGGUAUAUAUAUAAAUCUCUAUAUAAAUAUAUUAUGUGAUAUAAAAAUGUAUAAAGCCGGAACACCAGUGAUUUUUCUGGGUUGUUGAAUUCAUGUAUUUAUCUUUUGCCUGUCACAAAUUUGGAAAGCAACGUGUGGAAGCAGACCUUGGCCAUGUGUGAGUGGGUGUGCGUGUGAGUGAGUGGGUGUCUAAUUAUGUGAAAACCACUUGAUGGUGUUUUGAAGUUUUCGCUGCUUUUUUGUUUUUUGUGCAGAGGGUAAUCUUGGCAUCAAAGGGACCAAGCUAGCUGGUGUGUGUAAAGCCAGUGGAUCCCAGCUAAAUGAAGACUCAGAAAUGUUUAAAAUCACAGCCUACUGUAUAAUUCACCUCUUAACAGCCAUCCGUCAGUUCUGGGGUUUGGAAAAAAACACUAUUUUGUUCUCUCUUCUUUUUACGUUCAUGUUACUGAAUAAUUAGCACCAGCAAAACUGUUUUGCUGGACUGUGUGACCGGUAAGUCAUUAAAAUGCGCCAGUCACUCAUGACGUUACUGAAAUGGCCUGUGCUAAAGCUGGCUCAUGUUCUGCUCUCUCAUUAAUCCACCAUGUUCAGUCCCAUUGUGGAUUUGCAGAUUUGCCUACGAUCGGUCACAAGACGAAGCCAAAGUUACGCUCACUGACUGUGAGCUGCCAUUAACGUGUUACAUACCUUGUCUACAUUGCUAGCAGUAUUUUCCUCAAAGGGAUAUGGAUUUAAAAGUCUGCUGUCUUUAUUAAAUUCCAGCUGAAAAGUAUAACUAAAAUCUGUUACCAUGUAGCUGUCGUACUAGAAACAUGACACAAAAUGCACAGCAGCAAGUGCAAUAUAUGGCCAAAAGUAUGUGGACAUGCCUCCUAAUUAUUGUGUUGAAGUGAUUCAGCCACACCUUUUGCUAACAUGUAUUAUAGUGAAAUACUGUAGAGGACUUUAAAUGUGGGACCAUCAUAGGAUGACCCCUUGACCAGAAGUCAGUUAAUAAAAUUCUGCCCUGCUAGAUCUGCCCCAGUCAACUGUAAGUGAUACUAUUGUAAAAUGAAAGCAUCCAGGAGCAACAACCCUGCAAAUCAGUGGACCGUGCAAACUAACAAAACAGGGCCACUGUGUGCUGAAGUGUUGCAUCAUUCACUACAGAGUUUAAACUGGCUCUCGAUGCAACAUCUACACAAGAACUCUGCAUCUGGAGCAUCAUGCAAUGGCUGGCCAUGGCCGAGCCAACAGUAAAGUUUGGUGGAGAGGGAUAAUGGACUGGGCUGUUUUUCAGGGUUUGGGCUAGAUUAUUGUUAAUGCUACAGCAGACUGAGUGAGUGGGGGAUGGCUCACAAGUCCUGAACCCUGCCUCCUGCCGGCUCUCGCGGUCCUCAUCGGGGCCUGGGACUCUUCCAACUUUAUGGCUACAGUUUGGGAAGCCCCUUUAUUGUUCCAGCAUGACUGGGCUCCUGUGCACAAAGUGAGGCCCAAAAAGACGUGGUUUGGUGUAGAGGUACGCUCAUAAUAGGUGUGAUGAUCAAGUGUCCACAUACUUUUGUCCACAAUGCACAUUGUGUACAUGCAAACCGAGCUGUAAUCUGCUAAGCCCACUGUCCACUGUGUCCACUGUGCUUUUUUUUUUUUUUUUUUUUUUUUUUAGCUAACUGAAUAUUCCCAAACCUUCCACUUGAAGUUUUAGUACAUAGCCUCAUUUCCAAAGGUUUGGCAUUUGACAUCAUGGUGUAGCGCUAAAGGGAGCGUGCUGAUCACUGAAGGCCUGCUUUUCACAUAUACACCCUUGCAGUACAUGUGAAAAACACCCUGCUGUGUGAACUGAUUUUAUCUCAUAUACUGUCUGAAAUAUAAUCCUUCAUUGUUGGCUGCAGCCGCACCGCCUGCAGGACUGAGCGAAGUGCACAAUCCCACCUCAGCAUUGUGUUCCGUUACGCGGUGAUGUGUGUAUAAAGUGCAUUUAGAAAAGUUUUUCUUACCAAGAGAAAAUGAUGUCAAUGGUUGUAAAAAAAAAAGAAAAAAAAAGAACACAUUUUGAACAAAAGGUAUCAGCUCAUUAAAUCAAAGCUGGAACAA